UUAUUUAGUGUUGGUUUAGAACGAAUAGAAGAAAGAUGGGCUUGUAGUAUCAAUGAGAAGGCUUCGGUCUAAAUUGAAAAUUUGUAGACUGGUUUGGCUCACGGAAUAAAAUUCUAUCAUCAAAGGAAUUGGAAAUUUAGCUUCUUGAAUAAAACAAAAGAAAAUAGGAACAAAAAUGUUGGAUAUAAUUGUCGACCAGUCACCAACUUUUAUCAACAGGCUUUCACCGCCUCGACCCACUACACUCAUGAUCGAUAAUGGACAGGAAAUGGAACUGGACACUGAUUUUAGGGAUUGCGAGAACAACCAAAUACUCAAUCAAAACAACUCUAACAAAAACCUUCAAAGAAACAGGAAAAAGAAGAAGCGAGCUGCUGACAUUCCAGUAAAAAAGUUCAACGACCUUUAUGAACCGACAGGUGAAAUAUUGGGAAAUGGUGCUUAUGCCUCAGUACGAACUUACAGAAACCUAGAAAACCAAACAGAAUAUGCUGUAAAGAUAAUUGAAAAAGAUAACAUCCGUUCACGCAGCAAGGUGUUUAAGGAAAUUGAGAUCUUCCAUGUGUGUCGAGGGGAGGACAGCAUCCUUCAGAUGUAUGAGUACUUUGAGGAGGAAGAAAGGUUCUACCUAGUCUUCGAGAAAAUGCCAGGUGGAACUCUGCUCGCCAACAUCGAACAGAGAGGUCAUCUUUCUGAGCUUGAAGCUAGCCAGAUUGUCAAGUGUAUUGCAGAAGCAUUGGACUUCCUUCACAGUAAAGGCAUUGCUCAUCGUGAUCUCAAACCUGAAAACAUCCUUUGUGAGAAAUGGGAUGAAGUGGUACCAAUUCGAAUCUGUGAUUUUGACUUAGCAAGUGGCAUUCCAAUCAGCAGUGAGAAGGACUCGUGCAAAACACCAGAGCUUCUGACACCAGUCGGUUCGGCUGAAUACAUGGCCCCGGAGGUUGUAGAUGCUUGGGUUGGCGAGUCAUUUUCAUAUGACAAAAAGUGUGAUUUGUGGAGUCUGGGAACCAUUCUAUAUAUCAUGUUGUGUGGUUAUCCUCCUUUCUACGGGCAAUGUGGCUCGGACUGCGGUUGGGAACGUGGUGAGAUGUGCUCCAACUGCCAGGAGAUGCUCUUUACUACCAUACAGGAAGGCCUGUACGACUUCCCAGACGCUGAGUGGUGUUCUGUCACAGAGGAGGCCAAGGAUCUCAUCCGCCACCUGCUGGUUAGAGAACCAAGCAAACGUUACUCAGCCGCCGAGGUGCUGAAACAUCCCUGGAUUACAGAACCUCCAGAGGCCACUCCUCUUGCUACACCAAGAAUACUUACAAGGAACAACAGUACAAAAGAUCUGGAAUCAUUUGCUGACACAGCCAUUUCCAUCAACCGCAUGAUGCAGCAGCAUUUAAUACUUUCUGAACCGCCAAAGUUUUAUAUCAGGGAAGAGGACGCAUUCGACGAAGGCUUGGAGAGCGAUGAAAUCCAAAACGAACUUGAUGAUGGUUUCGAUGGUCCAACGUUCCGACUUUCACCUCCAUGCUCAAGCCUUGCCAUGCGCAGGCAACCGCUGGAGGCACGUAUCAGCAUUGGAUCAUCGGGAUUCGAAAGUGGCAGCUCGUUGCCUAAUUCACAGUCGUCAUCAUGUGGAAUUAUGUUCUAGACAGCUUUUGAAAAGGGCAUCAUGACCUUUGAAUUUUGUUCCACAUAUCUUGUCACUCAUUUCAUUACACAUUCUCAUUGAACGUCAUACCUCAAAAAAACCUAUGUAUAAAAAAACUGCAGUACGACAUGGAAAAAAUACUGAAGAAAAAAUUGAACUCAUUAGUUCUUGAAGUCACAUCUUCAUCAUAGAUGUAAUUUUUUCAGUAUUUUUGUGAUAGACAGACAUUGUGUCAUGUACAGUGCAGUAUGAGCUCAAGUAACUCCAGUCCGACACAGCUAGUGAACGGAACUGAACAACGUGCUAAGAACACUGUGUUGAACAAAAUUGUGCUACCAAAAAUUCAAGGAGCCAAUGGCAACAUGAGUUAUCAUCAGACAGUGCCUAUAGUGGAAGAGAAAACUGGUGCAGUUUUAUGUGUUUGUUUUUAGCCUGCACUGUAAAAACAGUGUUGAUAAUACGAAAAGUCUUUCAGAUUGCCUUAAAUAUUGUCACAUCUUUGAGGGAAUAAGGUGUACAAAUGUAACUGUGAUACCUCAAAAAUUGACCAUGUUCAUACACACAUAUAAUCACAUUACAGAAAUUUCAUAUAUAUUCACCGAGUAUCGCUAAUUUUUAUAACUUGCUUAACAAGCCAAAACAGUGCAGUAAAAAAAACUGAGUCACUUGCCAUUUCAACAUCAACUUUGGUUCAGUAAGGUAUUACAGUUAUAUUUUUUGACCACUUUAUGCAGAAGUGUCAUCUUGUACCAAACAAGAAGUCAAAGUUCAUGCAAUAAAGGGGUUGUUUCGGGAUUGUCAUUGACUACGAAAGCCAUUCUCAGUAUUUCAUGUGUAACUGUUCACGGUAAAUGAAGGGGAAAAGACCCAGACAUAUUUUAUUACAUUGUUAUUUACGUUUUUUUUUCCAUGUUUUUACAGAUCAUAUUUGUUAAAUGUGUUUUUUUUUUUUGUUUGAUUUUUUACAUUUUUAUAAUGCUGGCAGAAAGUUAUAAACUCACUUAAUUCAGUUCACUACAAGUAGCUUUGGAAAGUUUUCUUAAAUGUGUUAAAUAUUUUACCUUUUAGAGGUCCUGGAAACCUUUUAUUAUUUUUAAACCGAAAAAAAACAAUAUUCGAGACAUUUUUUUAAAAUUCAAAUCAAAGCAAAAUACAUCUCCUCUUUGAAUGGUGUAUAGAAACUGGUCACAUGACUGUUUUAAUAGUUCACUUUAAUUAUUUAGAUAUUAUAAAUUGAAUAGGGCAAAGUGUUGUGUUAAAUUUUAUUUUGAAUGUGCUAUUAUAUGAUAGAUAAGCUCUUACUAAAUAUAAACUAUUUGCAAUUGUUGACUGUUAAGAAAGAAGUCUGCUGGCUUAAUUGACAGCUCAGUGAUAACAAAAUUAGUAAGAAUUGUUAAAACAUUUAGAAAUUAAAAAACAAAAGAACAAAAAUCCUAAAGAUUUGGAAAGGUAGAAAAAUGAAAAAUAAUUACUGGUAAUUUGGAAAAUAAAUGUUGAGAAAGCAGCAUGUAUUAGCAGGGAAACAAUAUGUUAUCAUGUUGAGUGUUGUCUGUAUUUUUAUGUUUGUUCUGUGAGAUUUAAUUGAUAUGUCUGAAUGAAAAUCUCUUCAUUUUUCUUUCUCUCUUUUUUUAUUUUGAUUUAUACUUUUGUACGGAAUGGUUAAAGUGAGAAUUUAAUGUUAUAAUUUUGAAUGCUCCUUCCUUCAACAGAACACUUUAAUUAGCUGUUUUAGUUGAUUGUAAAUGUUUAAUAGUACUUAGUUUCUUGUUUUCAUUCAGAAAUUUUUCUUUCUUAGUUUUGUAGAUGUUAGAAUGUAUGUUAAAAUGAUCUCGCUGAAGAAGGACUUGAUGGUCUAUGCCCCAGUGCGCUAGACCACUGUUCAAACUUCAUUUUGAAAGGCGUGGCAGUACUGUGAUAAAAACGCUAUCUCAUAACCGUUGAUAAAGUGCUUUUAAUCUACAGAAUCAGUCAAAUUUGUGUGUUUACUCUGUGAACAUAGUGUGUUCAGUGUGUAGAAAUGAUGCGUGUAAAUAAUCUAUAGAGACACAGUGUUCAUACAGAGAACAUUACGCUGCAAAAGUUCGAAUUGGGAACAACAUUUCUGAACACAUGGUGUGCAGUUUUUGAACACACAUUAUUUGACUGAGGACAGUAGACUCAAAUGAUUCCAACUCUAAGAUUAAAUAUCAGAAGUUAGUAAAAAUGGGAAUGCCUUCCAUAUAUACCUCUUUGAUUUAUUCAGUGAUUUAGUCUAAUAGAUUCGUUUGGAGAAAAAUUCGUUUUUCAGUUAUACCCCAGUAGUUAGUUUUCUUGAGAUUAUAAAAAAAAAAAUAUUUUCAUGAUUUUUUUUUUUACUUAAUUUAUUUUAUGAUAUAGUUUACAGUGGAAAAUUUCUAUUAUUUUGGGUUGUUUAACAUGUAAUUUUGGAGAUAAUAAGACUAGUCAGUUUAUAAACCUUUUAUUUUGAGGGAUAAAACAAGGUAUUGCUGUUACAUUGCUUGUGCUUCCUUGGACUUCAAUGUCCGUGUUCUCUAAGUGUGCAUUUGACAGAAGUGUUCUAUGUUGAAAGUUUAGUUAAACAAAUAUCAUUCAUAACUUAGUUCAAUAAAUAUCAUUCAGAGAUAUAACAAAAUCACAAGUUUCAAAUGUAGUGAAAAA